UACGUAGGUUUGGUUAUAAACCCCCCAAAAUAUGGCAGAUUCUGACAAAAGUGUCAAAGCCAUCGAGCCAGCAGAUGAUGACUUUGAGGAUGAAACUCUAGCAGAGCGACUGUAUGGCCUGACCGAGAUGGUUCCGCAGAGCGUGCGCAACGGGGUGUCCCUCCUGACGAGUGCUUCCUUGACGGGCGUCAAGGUGUCGUACAACUUCAGUCGCAGCGCCCUGUGGAUUGCCAGCACGUCCUUCAUGGUCCUGAUGCUGCCAAUCAUCUUUGAGACGGAGAUGGCCCAGAUGGAGCAAGCGCAGCUGCAGAAACAGCGACAGAUUCUUCUUGGGCCCAAUGCUGCUAUGUCUGGUCCAGGGGGUAUACCAGGAGGAAUGACGCCACCCAUACCAGGCAUGCCAAGAUAGAAGGCAAUAUAUACACCGUUAUGGACCGUGCUUCUAGUUGAUAUCUGUAGAGUCUGGUUCCCUGACUUCGCAAUCUCCUGACAAAUAGGUCAGGUAAACGUCCCAUUCAAAAAGAGAUCUUAAUGCGAUAAAGCCCUGCCCAGCAAACCUCAAGACUUUUUAGAAAUGGCCAGGAUCCUGCUUGUUGUUCUCGUGUGCUGUGGCGCCUACCUGACCUAAGAUUUGUCGGAAAUAAUCAGAAUCUUUUGGGUCAGAGAACCAGACACACAUGUACAGCACCCCUUGAACAAAGACAUUGACAAAAUGGGCAACCACCAACAUAGGGCUGGAUAGCUCAGUUGGUAGAGUACCGAAACAGCAAUCCGGAGGUUGCAGGUUCAAACCUUGCUCCAGUCAACUUCUUUGUUCAACAUUAAGAUUAUUUGUAUCAAAUAGUGCAACGGAUGAUGCAGAUGUACAAAACGACUGCUUUUAUGAGGGUGUUGGGAAGCAGAUUUGUAUAACUUGGUAUUUUAAAAUGGUUUUGUGAAUAAGCUUCAAUAAAGUGUAUCACUUUUUUAUGUAGACAAAA